AACUGGCCUUGUUGAACAGACUGACAUUCCUGUUGUCAUAUCAGCUGAAAUGACCCGAAGGAACCGGGGGGCAGUAGGAGGAUAGAUUUCUGGAGUGCCUUAAGGGGCUGUACUGAGAUUUGUGGGUAAUACAACACACUGUACUCUCAUCAUGGCUCACUGUGCUCCCUCAGGAGGGAUUCGUGGAGGGGAGGCUUGUCUUUCCUCCUCUUGCUUCUUCACCGGAGACGCUGGGGGGUCCGAUGCACAGGAUGGGUUGAGCUGGAGAUUUCAGGCUGAUCCGAUGGGAGAGGGCCAUCACAGGGACGAGCCAUGCUUCACCAGUGCAAAAUUCAUGCUCAGCACGGGGAGGAAAUUCGUGCAGGGGAAGCCCCUCCAGGCCAGUAGUGGGGGCAGAAGCACCAGGGAAAAAGUGGCAGGAACCUUGGUGAAGCCCAAGGGGGUAACAUCCUCAUUCGGGAGUGUGGCACCAAAGGGAUGUCAAUAGUCACUUGUGUGUAUUGCGCAAUCAGGGCAUGCGCGGCUCCCUGCGCUUUGCCUGCAUGACCUCACUGAAUCCUCCCCACCACCCAGUUAGGUAAGAGGUACUGCUAUUGCCCCAUGUUAUAGAAAAUCCCAUGGAGGCUCACGCAAGUUAGGAAACAUGACUAAGGACACACAAUAAGUGGAGGGAGAAACAGCCUAAGAGCUACCGAGGAUAUUCUGAAAACGAAGAGGCCUCUCUCCUGUUUAGUAUCAGUAAGGAGGAGACUCAGUGAAUAGGAGAGAGGAAAGAGGUACAUGUGGGAGAUCCUCUCUUGGGGACGAGGGCCAAAGGCUCGGGGGGGAAGCCACUCUGAGGACAGGAGGCCUCUUUACAAGGACAGGAAUAGGGACACAGAAGGCCCGGCUCAAAGCCCGGACCAGUAAUGAUAGCAACCACUACAUACUGAGCACUUCGUAGCUUCCAGGUACUGUGUGAAGGGCUGUUCAUACUCUGUAACCAUUUAAGCCUCCCACAACCCAAAGGCAGAAGUUCCCUUAUGAUCCCCAUUGUAUGGAUGAGGAAACUGAGGCUCAGAGGGGCCAGGGCACUUGCCGGGGGCAACCCAGGAGAAAGCAGCAGGCCUGUCUAUUGCCAGAACCUGACCUUGCACAGUCGCCUGUAACGUCUCUAGAACACUUGCCAAGCACGGGCCUGAGCGCUGAGAGACCUACAUUCCAGUCAGUACCGUGCGCCUGUAGGCCGCAUCCUUCCCCUCCAGGGGCCACCAUUUCCUCCCAUAUAAAGGGGGGUGGGUGUCUGCAGGAGAGGACUGCAAACAUGGCUUCCAGCUCCAAAAUUCCAUCAACCGUGGGACCAGAAAUAAGAGACAGCGUUCUUGCCCUUUGGGGAAUUUACAGGCUUCGUGGGGAGAUGAGGUGUAUAAACAGAACAUGAAAACAAAUACAAAGCGGUGCAUCACUAAGGACUAAAUGCCACAGCAGGGAGGGGAGGGGCCUGACGUGCACAGUAAAGGUGGUGCUCCUGGCGCUUUAUGUUCUCCUUGUUUUUCCUUAUCUGUAGAAUACCACCAUUUUUUUUUAAGUUUUAUUUUUGUAUUUAUUUUUUACUUUUUUUUUUUUUUUUUCUUUUUGGCUGCGCUGUGUGGCUUGCGGGAUCUUAGUUCCCUGACCAGGGAUUGAACCCGUGCCCCCUGCAGUGGAAGCGCUGAGUCCUAACCACUGGACCGCCAGGGAAGUCCCCAGAACACCACCAUUUUAAUCACAUGUGUUGCUUCUCUCCCCUGGCAAUAUUUUACUGCAAAGAUGAAAGAAUUUUAUGGUGGAUACCUGCAUACCCGCCACUUAGAUUCCACCCCUAGCACAUGACUACGCUUGCUUUAUUGCGCUUCCACUCAUCACACACCUAGCCGUCUAGCCACGUACCGAUACAUUUUGGAUGUAUUUCCUAGUAAAUCACAGACCUUUGUUUCAUGCAUUUCAAGAAGCAGCAGUGUUCAUUCCUACCACACAUUUCCUGAAGGUCUACUCUGUGCUGGACGUCUUUUCACCUGGACUGGAGGAGUCCCUUCCGAGAAGGGAAUUCUUCUUUCAGAAAGUAAAAGCUUUCAUUGAUUUUAUUGUAUGCCCAUGUUCUUGCUUGGUUGGGGGUCCUGGAAGUGCCAAAGAGAUAUAGGAUAAUGAGUAUGUGCUGGAGGUCAAUCCUGGGAGGCUUCUGGAAGAGAAGAGCUGAGCCAGAACUCAAAGGUGAAAGCGGCAUGGCUCAGUCCUGCCUUGAGGCCUGGUGGGCUGCUUCCUCUGCUAAGAGCGUCCUCCCUGCCUCUAUGCCUCUGUGUGCCCCACCUCCCCGAACCUCACCCAACCUGAACCUAGGGACGCCUCUGUUACUCUCUCAUGGCAUGCUGAUACCGGUCUUCACAGUGCUGUGACAAGCUGUAAUUAUAUACUUACCUGUUUCAUGUCCAUUCUCCCCCUAGACUAAGAGGUUCCAGAGGAGGGGUCGAGGCCGGGUACACUUGUCUGGCAACUAGUAGAGGGGAGCCUAUUGGCCUGAGCGGACUUGGGAAAGGCCUUGGAAUGAGGGUGAGCAAGGACCUGUCACCUGGGCCAGAGAGGGAGAGCCAGGCGAGGGCAUGAGAGAGAGAGGGCAGUUUCUGCAGUUGUGCAAGAACAGGGAGAGGAGUCUGGGCGGGACCCUCACAGCCAUCUUUUAUUGGGUGUUCACUCUGGGCUAAGCACUUACAGACAUGAUUCAUUCACCCUCACGACCUCCCUCGAGGUAGGUCCCACGUUUACCCCCUUAGACAUGGUGAAGCCGAGGCUCAGAGAAGGGAGAGAGUUGGGGAGGCCACCCAGCUAGUAAGCACUGAUGGCCAGCUCCUCGUCCAGAGCAACUACCUGCUGGGGACCUCUGCUGGAGGGGCGGCAAGCUUCCCCCGUGACCCUGGGGUGGGGAAGGGGCUACUUCAAAAUAAGUCCCCUUUACCAAGUUCAAUCUGACCCCUUUACCUGGGUCAGAUUCUGACAGCUCCAUUUUUUUUUUAAACCAUUUUAAUUAAUUAAUUUAUUUAUUUUUGGCUGUGUUGGGUCUUUGUUGCUGCUCACGGGCUUUCUCUAGUUGCGGCGAGCAGUGGCUACUCUUCGCUGCGGUGCGCGGGCUUCUCAUUGCGGUGGCUUCUCUUAUUGCAGAGCAUGGGCUCCAGGCGCGUGGGCUUCAGUAGUUGUGGCACGUGGGCUCAGUAGUUGUGGCUUGCGGGCUAUAGAGCGCAGGCUCAGUAGUUGUGGCGCACGGGCUUAGUUGCUCCACGGCGUGUGGGAUCUUCCUGGACCAGGGCUCAAACCCACGUGCCCUGCAAUGGCAGGCGGAUUCUUAACCACUGCGCCACCAGGGAAGCCCUGACAGCUCCAUUUUACCAUGAUCUUGUAUAUGAUUUUGUAUGUUUGUUUAACAGCUCUAGGCCUCAGUUACCUUAUCUGUAACAUGGGAAUAAUAUUUAUCUCUCGAGGUUAUAGUGAGGACUACAUGAGAUCAUGCAUGUGAAAGCACCUAGUCUUCUGUUUGGUUCACAACAGGUAUUUAAUAAAUAUGCCUUAAGACUGAUUUGAGGUGACCCCUCAGGUCCAGGGAUGUCUGAGGGUAGUGUUUCCCAGAAGGUAGAACAUGGGACUGCUGGUGGCAUGGGAGAAUUUAGGUGGUUCGUGAGGAUGGCUUUGAAUAAGUCUGAAUCACACAGUGAGAAAUUUACUCUUUUCUUAAUUCUCUUUGAAGCUUUCUGAUUAGGUAAAGAGGAAGACUCCAUUUCUGUGCUGGUGUGCCUGGAACACCUCUCUCAUACUUGCUAAUCUCCCUUUUUAACAAAGAGGGUACAGGAGCUGCCGCCAGCUAUAAUGUAAUACGAUUGUUUGCUUCUCACUUUGUUUUUCUGGUUCUUUCUAUAUAUGGGCCAGUGAGCCUGGCUUUCCACUUAAGAGUGGUGAUAUAAAGUAUUCUCUUAAAAUAUACUUAAGAAAGUAAGCUGGCUUAAAGAAAAAUAUUAGUAACAGAGAAGGGAGAGGGCAGCUCUACACCAUGGUGAGGGUGUCCCGCGAAGGAAGUGUGGGAAGGAGUCCUGGAGUCAGUGAGCACACACACCACCUCCUGCCCUGUGGUCCUGCCCCGCGGGAAUGGGAAGCAGCAGGCUCAGGGGGCUGGGAUGUCCAUCACCAACCCCGGAGGCCCCAGAUUUCCUCCUGCUCUCUGCCCCUUACAUGGCCCCGGAGCAAAAUCCAAACUAAUUCUGUCCAGGGAAGAAUGAGGGCUUCGAAAAGCAGGGGAAGGUCUGAGACACGGAGAUGACAGAAUACGCUGGAAGCCAGGCUCAGGAAUGAGACAGGCUGGGCUUAGCUUUGCCUCUACCGCAUACUCACCAUGUCCCCUCUGAGCCCCAAGUUCUCUGUCCCUAAAUGUGGUGUGUGCUUCUCCACUCCCAGGAACCCCAGGUCCUCCCACUUGGCACUGCCUUGGGUCACUGGGACUCAUCGCCGAGUCAUCCCAUGGACAGGCAACAGGCUCUGGAGUCAGGGAGGCCACGGGCCCCGGGGUGGGGGAUGCUCUCGCCCGUGGGGCUGAGGAAGCGGCCCAUGCUCUUGGAAACACUGGGAGUGAGGCUGGCAGACAGGCUGAGAAUAAGACCGAUUCUCCCAGGGCUGUCUGAGCCUUAAAGUGCCUAGUCCGGUGCUGGGCACAUAGAAAGCCCUGGAUAAACUGCAGCUACAACGAUGAUGAUGAUUUUUAUUGUUAUUACCCCCACCACUAUUAUCAUCAUUAAAGAGUCAGCGAUGGGGUAAUAAGGAGCUAGGAAGGAGCAGCGGAGGACAGACAGGGAUUGUGUUUACAUCGUGAGAGGUGAUGGGUGUUACAAGUUGGGGUGAAGGUGUUGGGGUGGAGAGAGAGACUGACGGAGAGACGCUGAGAAAGGCGGAUAGAAACCGGCCCCUCCUAACUCGGCGAUGAGUCCCAGCGAUACAAGGCAGUGCCAAGUGGGAGGGCCUGGGGUUCCUGGGAGUGGAGAAGCAGCCUCGCUCGCUGAGCAGCGAUGAGACCUCGGGAGGCUGCCCGAGUUCUGCAUCCUGAGCUGGGCCCAGGGGAGAGGGCCACUGGCUGACCCGGGGCUCCUGCCCCUGUGCUGACCCCUCCUCCCUUGCCAGUGCCACUCUGGCCCCUCUGGGAGGGGCUGGGGGCAGCAGUGGGGUGCGCUGGUGUAGUCCCAGCCCUCGCGGCAGGCCGUGAGCUCACACACGUGCCCCCACCAGGCCCGGUAAACAGGAUGGGUGCCUGGGUCAGCAGCUCCCUCCCUAGGUCUUCCUCGCCCCCUCAUUCCUUGGGGGUGGCCCGCCUGCCCAGCUCCCCAGCUCCACCCAGCUUUCUCAGCUCAGAGCAGCCGGGAUGCUAACUGAGGCGCCCCGAUGACCCCUCUCAGGGUCGUAGCCACUUCCUUCCCCGACAGAUGCCUGGCGUCCCCACUGAGGGCGGUCUCCCGGGUCCCAGGCUCUCUGUGGCUGGAAGGUGUGGAAGUGUGAGGCAGUCACCUUUAGAUGGCAGUAUAGGAGGGGAGAGAGAUGCGAGAGACAAAGGCCGAUGGAAACGGAGAGGAAGGCUGAGGAAGGGCACCUGCAGCGGCAGGUGGUGUCCUGCCAUUCUGGCGUCCCCGACCCAGGCUGGCUUACACCUAGGGUGGGUCCUAUCCCGCUGGGUUCCCUACCCUCGCCCCCCUGAUGAGGUCCUGCCUGAUUCCUCUCUCCUAAGUCCCCCCCCCCACCACCUCUAGGAGACACUACCAGCCUAUCACCUCAGAUGCGACCGCCUACCCUGCGCCCCAGACUCCUGGGGUUGGGAAAUGGGAACACUUUGGCACCGGUCUCAUCCCAUUUCCCCCUCCCUCCCUGAUGCACGGGCUCCCUCUCUGUUUCGACACAGGCUCUCAGGCUCACAAUUACAGCUCACCUAUGGGUGGCUGGGCCUGAGUCACUGUGGGGAGGGACUCUGGGCUGCCCAGCCCUGCCACCUUCUUCCAAGCUACAGUAUAAGGAGUAGCAGCGGGGACAAGGGCUGUGGGAAAACAGGGACAUCUGGGAAAAGAGAGAGAAGGCUGCAGACCUAGAGGAAGGGAGAACGAGAAGUCAGAAGGAAGGAGAGCAGGGAGGAGGGCACGCAGACGCAGGGAAAGAGAAAGGGCAAGCGAGUAAACUUGGGUGGGAAGAAGACACUCAGGAGAGAAGGAACGAGGCAGAGAUGAAGCUACAGGGGUGUCUGGCCUGCCUCCUGCUGGCCCUGUGCCUGGGCAGUGGGGAGACUGGCCUACUGCUGAGUGGAGGGGAGAACUCUGGAGCAGGGGCCAUGGAGACCACUGGACACGGGGCGGGAGAGGCCAUCAAGCACGGAGUCGGGGAGGCCACUGGCGGAGGGGAUGGAGAGGCAGCGGGUUCUGGAGUCAAGGAGACCAUGGGCCCCGGCGUGGGGGAUGCUCUCGCCCGUGGGGUUGAGAAAGCGGCCCAUGCUCUUGGAAACACUGGGAGUGAGGCUGGCAGACAGGCUGAGAAUGUCAUUCAGCACGGAGUGGACGCUGCCCACAGCUCCUCGCAGGGGAUGCCUGGCGGCAACGGUGCUUUGGGAACCAAUGGGCAGCCUCCUUCUGGAGGCCAUGGCUCCUCUGGCUCUCCAGGCAAUCCUGGAGGUCCAGGGAUUCCCUGGGACCAGGUGUAUUCUGGAGGCUCAGGUGGCAGCUUUGGGACCAACUCUCAGGGAGGCUCCUGGGGCCACGAAGGCUAUGGAGGGGCAUUCAACCUAGGCACCAACACUCAGGCAGCUGUGGCCCAACCUCCUUAUGGCUCAAGGAGAAGCAGCGACAACCCAAAUGCAGAGGGAAGCAGCAGUGAUGGCAGGAACAGCGGUGGCAGCAUCAGUGGCGGCAGCAGCGGCGGCAGCAACAGCAGCAGCGGUGGCAGUUCUGAGCUCCACUGGAACUCUCAGCUGUUUCCUGGGCUCUUCGGCUUGGACACUUUCUGGAAGAAUUUAAAAUCCAAGCUGGGUUUCAUGAACUGGGACACCAUCAACAAGGACCAAGUCCCAGACCUCAGGACUCGCAUCUUCCUCUACUUCUGUCGACUCUGGGAGAAGUUCAAACAAAACACUCCUUUCUUGAACUGGAAAGCAAUUACUGAGAACUACGAUUAUAACCAGCAGACACACGCUACUGCCAGUGGGGGGCAGCACUCAGCCCAGAUCCCCACUAAGUGCGGAGUCACAGUUUCUUCCUCGGCUUCCCGGGCGCGACCUGACCUGCUGCAGUGGGUGAAGUUUUGGUAGAAAAUCACUUGCAACUGCGACUGAAGCCCUGAGAACCAUCAGUCAUCAAGGGACCUGACUGUGCCCCUCCCCCAGCUCUUGGUAUGGGUGCUAACACCUGCUUUUUCUAGGUUGGGUACCUAUCUGUCUAUCCCUUGUUUCCUCCCACCCACUGUGGUGUCUCCUUGACCGUCAGCCUCAGUGGAUACACCAGCCAUUGCUUCACCUGCUCCAUUUUGUGACCUGAAGUUACCGUGACAGAAAUUCAGGAGGCACGUCCUACUUUAGAGUUUCUCUGUGGAAAUAAAACAUGAGUCUUGUUUCCCUAA